AUGGGUUAUACAAUUAAACAGAAGAUUGGUAUUUGUUUGAAAUCAGAGUCAAAUCCUGAAAUGACUCAAGCUGAUUUAGCUUUAUGGGCAAUGAAAGAAUAUGGAUCUGAGAAGCCCCCUUCACAAACAACAAUUUCAAGAAUAUUGCAUUCAAAAAAUGAUAUUAUUUCAAGAAAAGAAUCAGAAUUCGAACUAAUAAGAAGACGUAAACGAGCCAACCCUUUGUUGCGUCGUAUUUUAACCGAAUGGAUAACUCAAGCAGUUUGGGAAAAUUUACCCAUGACUACUCCAAUUAUUCAAUCUACGGCUAAUGGAAUUUGGACGAGCUUACCUAAAGAAGGCAAAGAUGGAAAUGGGGUUUUCAAUCAAAAAUGGUGUUCUCAUUUCAUUAAGAAAUUAAAUAUAAAUAUCACUGGCACCCCACAAGAAAUUCUAAAUAAUAGAGGUUAUCCUUUAAAUAAAGUUUGGAAAUUGGACGAAAUAUUAGAAUUGAAGAAAUAUCUACGAGAAAUUGUUGCUCAAGAUGGAUAUUCUCCUCAGGAUGUAUUUGUAGUUGAUGAUUUUCAACUUUUUUAUUCAUUACCAUUAGAUCAAAUAUUUGAUGUAUCUUCAAUUGAUAAAGGUAUCAAACAAACACAUGCUGGCUCAGAAUAUUCCUUAACUAUUAUGCUUGGUUGUAAUAUUGAUGGAUCUGAAAAAUUAUCUCCUAUAAUUGUUGGAAAAUAUGAUAAAUUUGAUGUGUCCAAAAGUUCUCAUGCCAGUUUAAACAGUCUUCAUUAUGAUAGUGUAUCCUAUCAAAAUUUGAUGAAUAAAAUAACUGAAGUUUACAAUAUAAUGUAUAAAUCAAAUACAAACAAAUGGAUAACUUCAUCAAUGUUUCAAAAUUAUUUAACCAUGUUGGAUCAUAAAUUAUCCACCGCAAGACCAAACGGUAGAAAAAUCCUUAUACUACUUGAUGAUUGUUCUUCUCACCGUAUUAUCAAUUUGAAAUUCAACAAUAUCAGAUUAGUUUAUUUGAAAAACGAAGCAAAUCAUAAAAAUCCUUAUAAUAUCACAUAUUCUGGAGUUAAAUUUGAUUAUUUACCGAUGAGUUUUGGAUUAGUUGAAGAAUUUAAAAUCCUAUAUCGAAUGCAACAAUAUUUAGAAAUGAUCAAUCUUCAACGAAAUAUAUCAAAUGGGGGUAGAAAUAAUAAUGGAACAACUGAAGAUUUAACAACUGAAAAUCUUGAUUCUGCUGCUGCGCAAUCAAUACUGGUUCCAUCAUUAGAAGUAUUAUCUUCAUCUCAUUAUCAUAUCCCAUUAAUUAAAGCAAUUGAAUGGAUAACAAGAUCAUGGCAUUCAAUAUCUCAAGAACGUAUAUUUUCAUCGUGGAAGAAAACCCAUUUAUUUGAUUUAAUGGAUUGGCCAACAGGGAAUCCAAAUCAAUUAUUACAUUUAAAUGAUCAAUUAACAAGGUUUGAUGAAACUAAAAGUUACAGAAAACUACAAGAGAUUAUGAGUUAUUUGAAUGUGGUUAUACCAUGGGAAACUGAAGAAUUAGUUGGAUUGGUUAAUGAAAGAUCUAAAGUUACAUUGAGUUAUGCAUCACUUGAUGAAAUCAUCGAUAGUUGUCUUCUGGAACCUGUGGAUCAAUAUGAUGAACAUGACGAUGACAGUAAAUAUGAUCCAAUCAGUGGUAAUAAUUAUACUACUACUACAGCUAAUGAUUUGGUUAAUAAUGAUCCUUGGUUUUCAGUUACUGCCAUGAAUCAAAUGGGUGAUAAUCAAUUUUUGUUUAAUAAAAUUAUUGACGAUACUGAAAUGAAAGAUAUCGACCCAUUAACUCAAGGUAAUAACAAUAGUAAUAGCAAUGUCACUAAUGACAAUAACAAUCCUGUGAUUGCUGCGUUUGACAAUGUUACUUUCCCAAAUAUGAAUGUUUUAAAUUCAGUAACAACUGGAAGUAUUGAUAGUUUACCAUCUCAAAAGUCAUCUCCUAAUUUUGACAACACUAUGACUGGGUACACCAAUAAUCCAUUAAAACAUAAGUUAUCAACUAUGGAAACUUGGGACAACACUAAAAGAAGUCAUAUUCAAGACUCACCACAGCAACAACAACAAGGACAAUUGGUGCCACCACAGACAGCACAUCGACCAUCUCAACCACAAGAGUUACCAUCUCAAGCACAACAAUCAGUUGCCAAUCAGAAUAUUCCUGGAUAUGGAUUUUCUCCUGUUUCAAAUAAUGAUUCUCCAGUUAAUGGUACAUUAACUCAAACAAGUCCUCAAUAUUCUAAUGGUUCAAGAUAUGAUAGUUAUGAUAGUGGUCAAACCCCGAUAUAUGUAAACAAUAUCAAUCAACCACAACCUCCUACCACAUCCCAACAACAGCAAGGGUCUAUGGUUGUUCAACCAUCUUCACAAAUGCGUGGAUCGAUCAUGUCAAGACAACAAGUUUCGAUGAACACAACCACAGAUUUAGAAAUGGUUGCGACUAUAUCCAAAAUUCUUGAAUAUUCUGCUUCAAAUACUUUAAAACUUUCUCAAAGUACAAUUGACGAUUUAGAGUAUAAUUUACGUAGGAUUCAAGCAAGAAUCAAUCAAGUAUAA